AUGAGAAUAUUAUUAUUAUUAUUUUUAUUAAUAGUUGCAAACUUCCAUACAAUUAGUUCAAAUUGUAUAUACUAUGAUCCAUUAAGAAAUCAAACCUAUGAUCUAAAAACAAUAUUUAAACAAAAUGAAAAAAAUUAUUUUACUACAGGUAAUUCAAGUUUUGGGUAUAAUGGUGAACAUUUUUCAAUAAAUUUUAAUUUAUGUAAUGAUAUUGAUUAUAGUUAUUGUAAUGGAAUUUCAUCAAUUUGCCAAUAUUUCUAUGAUGAAAAUUCAUUCAAGGGUAUUUUCGACCUAGGAACAUUUUCAAAUGUUGAAUUUGACGAUAACCAAUUAACAAUAGUUUAUAAAAGUAUUGUAUUUGAUAAAAAUGGUUACAAUGAUUGUUCUGGUGCUAUUGAAAAGAAUAGAAGGGUUACAUACUUUAAUUUUCAAUGUGAUUAUUCAAUAGAUGUUAUUAAUAAUACCAAUGAAAUCGUUCCAAUUGAAGAUGGAUUUUGUAAAUAUCAAGUUUAUUUAAAGAGCAAAUCAUUUUGUACCACCACCUCCAACACUACUACUACUACCACUACUACUAGUGCUAUUACUUCAACCACUACCACUACCGCUACUACUACUACCAAUGAUAAUAAUGAAAAUGAAUGUUCGAAAUCACAUACAAUAUAUUAUAAUUCAAUUGAUAAUUCAUGUGAAUGUGAUUCUCAAUCAACUGGAAAACAAUGUGAAAUUUCAAAAAUGUUUUUUAGUUCGAUUUCAUAUGUUCAAGAAAAGGGUGGGUUAGUGUUUUUAAAUGGAUACUUUGGAACUGAAUAUAGGAAAUCAAAAUUUAAUAUUACAAUUGGCGAUAAUAAUGAAAAUUGUAGAAAUGUAACACAAUUAAGUGAAUCACUAAUUAAAUGUGAUAUUGGUCCUGGCUUUGGGUUUAAAGAUGUUUAUUUAGAAGAUAGAGGUUUAUCAAUUUAUAAACAAUAUCAAUUACAAUAUAUUGGUAAUAUUAAUACUAAUGCAAAUAAUAACAAUAAUAAUAAUGCAAAUGAUGAAAAUGAUAAUUCAUCAAAUUCAAUAAUAUCAGGUUAUAAAAUCGAAAUAAUAGUUUUAGCAUGUGCUAUUGUUGCUUCAAUUAUAAUAAUGAUAUUUACAUAUAGAUUCAUAAAGAAAAGACAAGAAAAAUUAAAAAUAGAGAAAACUCAACAAUUAAAUAGUAAAAAUAUAAUAAUUGCCUAA